UAAGCAAGAGUGUCAUCUCGGGCGUGGAUCGGAUAGUGCGUUGGUCGGUGGUGUAUUCAAAAAUGUAGUUAUGUUGUAAAAUGUGCGGAAAUUACUUUAAUUACUCAAAUUAUGCUAAUUUCUCUUAUCAAAGACUUCCGUAUUAUAACUUUAAGUUUAAAGUGGUUGUGUGCUGCUGAAGUGACAUAAUUAUUUGUUUACUUUAAUCAGGAUUUUUAGUUUAAGUUAACAACAUGCCCAAGCUUCAUGUACCAGCAACUCUUCUUGUGCGAGUAGUGCUGCCAAGUGCACUGCUAGUCAGUAUAGCACUACGGCCGUUCGGUUUAUCAUUUAUAUACCUCCUCCUAUACUUAAUAGCACCUCUAACACAAGUGCCAUCCACGCAAACGAUACGAGGAUGGCCGGGCAAGUUUCUUUGUUUAACCUUCGUGGUUUCAGUUCUGCUCCUACUGUUACACAUAGCAUGGCACAUAGUACUGGCCGCGUUCCCGCCCUACGGGUCGCUGCCACACGAAAACCACCUCGUAGAAAUUAUUGGUCGGAAUUUAGGCCUGGUGUCCUACGAUUUUAUAGAUCCAACAAUGGCCAUACAUUACUUAGCACCGGAGCUACUGAUGGCUAUCGUUUCGUCGUUGGUAUACGUGUUGGUAAAAAAGUUACUGUCGGGACCGAACCAUCCCGAAGAAAAGCCACACUCAAAACAUCAGAAGUAUCCGCUCCUCACCAGUGCCGGCAAAUACCUAUGCCUCUUCCUAAUAAUGUUCUCCGGCAUCAUGCUCCCAAGCGUGACGUCGGGCAUCUACUUCCUCAUAUUCAUGGGCGCGGCGACGGCGUGGUCGCUGGGCCAGCCGCUAGAGCGCGGCUUCGCGGUGAUCGGCCGCUGCCUUAUGGCCAUCAUGGCGGUGCACAUAGCGGUCCUGCUCGCCUAUCAGUGCACGUGGCUGCUGGAAUUAUAUCCGCCUGAAAUGAAUUUAGCGAGGUAUUUCGGUCUAACACAAUUAGUAAACCUCACCGAGACCAAUCCUGCGAGUUUUUCCUACGAAACGACAAGCAAGUACUCCUGGGCGACUGUGGCUAGCCCAUUAGUCAUACUCUUCACAUACUACGCGUUAGGAGUUGAAACGCGGGAACUAUUCAAACCAAAGGGGAAAAAAAAGAGUGCCCUGACCGGAGUAGAGGCGGGCAAGCUGAAUGGCUCGCUUGUGCGGGGAGUGUCGUUCCACCGCGGCGGCUCCCUCAACCCUAAGGAAAAGUGGAUGAAUGCCACUAAGACCGUCCGACUGAUCCGCAAUAUGAGCCCCAGCAAGCGGUGGCCGGCCGGGCGGUCGCGCUCAUCCAUCAGGAGGCUGCAACAGGACCCAUCCGGCUCUGUGAUUAUUCCAGAUGAAGAAUCUAAUACGGAAAUGUACGAGCCAACACUGAUGGAUGAUAUAUUAGCUGCUAUAGUAGAUUUCUUCCAAGUUGUGAUCAGAUCGUCGUACAUAGCGACCACGAUCACAAUGAUGGCGUGGAGCAUAAUGUACCACUCGUGGCUGACGUUCGUAUUCCUGAUGUGGGCCAACAUCGUGUGGCUGUGCCAGGACCAGCGCUCCUUCAUGCUGAAGACCAGCCCCGUGCUGGUGCUGUACGCCAUGUUGUUGCUGCUCGCGCAGUAUAUCUACGGCAUGGACCUGGCGGAGGCCGAGCUGCCGUCCUCCAUUUAUAAUGAGACGGGCGUCAACUUACAGCAAAUAGGCCUAAGUCCACCACCCGGGAUGCCCUUAGUGCCUCUCCUCAUCAAGUCCCUCUUCACGUGCAUGUUUUGGGUGACGCUGCGUCAGCGCGUGCAGGAGAUAAGACAGCGACGCCAGUCUGCCGUCAUCACGGACAUGGCGGCGCCGCUGCAGCUGACAGUGUCUACUGCGGCCAGUGUAAUAGAAGCGCAGCGUGAGGAUGAACAACGUUCGCGCUUGUUGACCAAAGUGGGGGAUUUCCUCAAGGCAGCUUGCGCUCGCUACUGGAUAUAUGUGGUCGUCAUUAUGCUUUUCGUUAUCGGCAUCACGGGCACCAGAAUGACUAUAUUCCGAAUCGUCUACAUGUUCCUAUGCCUCGGAUUUAUACUGAUGUUUCAAAUGAGUUGGUACUGGUGGCGGCGGCUGAUGUACAUCUUCUGGAUAACAGUGAUCAUAUACUCCAUGAUCAACCUCAUUCUCAUUUACAUAUAUCAAUUUGACGGUUUCCCCAAUACUAUUGAGAAGUAUCUCCACAUCUCCGUACAACUGCAAAACGACCUCGGAUUGGAGCCAUACCAUCCAGCGGACUUGUUCGUCAAGCUUCUAACACCCACUUGCUUUUUGAUAAUAACUAUAAUGCAGGUUCACUACUUCCACAAAGACUUUAUGGCCCUCUCGGAUCCGAACACUAGUACAAAUACUAAUAGUAUAGUCAGAAAUGGAAAUGAGUCUAGCAGACCUAGCAACGCCGGCGCUUCCACCAUGAAGGACGAUGUGCCACCCUUGCCACUUGAGGAGGACGCAGGUUCUAUUACCGAAGUGGAACAAUCGUUAUCUACGUAUAAUACUAAACGUAACUUGCACAGGAAACCCUCCCGGUCGCGAUCCUACGCUCCCACGAUCACGGAGCCCCAAUCGACGCCUUUCCGGCAGUGGUUCGCGGGGAAAUGCGCCUGUUUUAAGGCUGCCCUGAACGUGUGGAUCGACUACGUGUUCAUGUAUAUGUACUUGCACCUCACUAAAGUUGUGUUCCUGUCGCUCACGCUGGUUUGCGUUAUGCGGGUGUGCGCUAUGCACGUACCAAUAAUGCUUAUAGUAGCACCAGCGCUACUUCUCAACGCUACGAAACAGCGCAUCAUCAUCCUCUUCAUAUCAACACUUAUCACCGUUUACUUCAUGGCGAAAAUGGUUUAUCAAAUAGAAUACAUCCGGCCCAGUGUCUUUGAUGUCAACUGUACUAGCUAUGAUGAAUCAACGGAAACCACGUAUAACAACGCAGAAUGGCUCGGUUUUACUAAAAACAGGAACUUGGCGGUGCUGCUUAAAGACUACAUAGGGCUUAUAGUCGUAUUCACAUUCCAUUCUCUAGUCACUUACCGACAGCAAACAAAAAGGGAUCAAGGCUGGACAUCCAAUCAACAAGAGAAGGUUCUGUUUCCCGAGGUCACGCGUAAGGAGGCUGACAUCAAUUUGGUUCACUGCGCAAAGUACAUGAUCAACUAUGGUUUUUACAAGUUCGGUGUUGAGGUGUCCCUAAUAUGCUUAAUAGGUGUAAUAGGAUCGCGUAUGGACGUUUACGCAGUACUGUACUCAUUCUGGCUGCUACUCUUGGUGUCCCUGAAGAGACCGAGCCAAGCGCGGGUGUGGCCGGCGUUCACUGUAUUCAUCACGAUCCUGGUGCCUAUACAGUACAUGAUAGCGGUUGGAUUUCUACCGCAGUUCUGCAUCACUUAUCCAUGGGGAACGGAUAUUGCUAGCGACAAAGACCUCCGAACAUUCCUUUUCCUCCCAUACGCUGACAAUCCGCCGCACGCCACCAAGCUAGUUUUCGACUUCUUCUUGUUGGUGUUUGCGUCGAGACAACUUCGAGUGUUCAGACUCGAACGCAGGGGCGAGGAGUAUCCGGGCGGGUCGAAUAGCGAGGACAUAGGACAAGACUGGGAGACGCCGAGCUUCGUCAAUCCUGUGCCGGACUUCCUUGGAGUUGUCGGCACUUGGCUGGACGUGCUAAAGCGCAUGGUGUUCCUGGGAAUGCUGUGGGUGACUCUAGCCAUCAUGUUCCUGACGGGCACGAACCGCGUCAACCUGUUCUCCAUGGGCUACCUCAUCGGCUCGUUCAUCUUCCUGUGGCAGGGGACGGACUUCUAUUUGAGACCGAAGCAGGCUAUUUUACAAUGGUGGUCAUGGCUCCUGCGCUACAACGUGUCCGUAGUGGCGAUAAAGGUGAUACUCCAAAUCCCGGGUUGCCUGUUCCGCGAGACCACGCAACUCCACGCCUGUUGGCUGGUGCAACUGCUGGGUAUAGGCUGCGUGGACAAGUUCGCUGGCACCCUUGGAAGUUUCAUUAAGAUGGAAAGUUAUAAUAAGGACACAAAAUGUACUGUACCUCAAGAAGACAUCGGCCUGGCUUGGGACGGUGUGUGCUUUGCCUUCCUCAUAUUGCAGCGGAGACUCUUCCACAGUUACUACUUCUACAGAGUUAUCGAUGAGAGCAAAGCGACCACCGUUCUAGCGUCCAGGGGAGCGGAACUUAUUGAAGAGCUGCGCCAGAAACAAAUGAAUCUUCAAGAGGACCAGGAAAUCAGAAUAUUAGAAAAAAUCAAAGUAAAGAUGGAGAGAAUAAAAGCUAACCAGAAAAAAAUCCACGGGGUUUUGCACAAGGACCCGAAACACCAUGAUCGAGAAGAGGAGGACUCGGACACGCAGCCGGGCGACACGGAGGCGGUGCCGCUGGUGCGCGGCGACUCGGACUCGCGCGGCUUCCACACACCCGACAGCCCCGCUUCCCCCCGCGGCUUCCACACCCCUCUCAGCGAGUCUUCCGCGCCUCCGUCGAGAGUCCACACCCCGCCACCCGUGCCCCGCCCGCUCACGCUCCCCGCCCUGCCUCCUCCUACCAGUUCCCAAGGCGGCCCUCCGUCGCCUUCCUCCGCCUUGAUGACCGUAUCCCUAGACGCAUACUUGGAACCGCGCCGAAUUUCCUUCGAAUCCCCCCCGUCCUCCGAUCUCCUUCCCCGUGCUCAAAGCCCGGAAGAAUCCUACCCUGUCUUCUCGCCCCCUCCGAUCCGUCGCCGCCAUACAGUGGCCAGCCCGAGCCUCCUGCGCACUUCGCUCAUAUCGCAGUCGAGCCGCGCCGAGCCCAACUCUCAUCAUACGUCCGUUCGGUCGGGCGACUACUACAUGUUCGACGACUUCGAUGACACCGAGGUUCCUCUCAAGGAGGAAGAGGAAGAGUCAGACGAGGACGCACCCAAGGAAAUGGGCCUGGGCAAGGUGCGUCGACAGCCAAGCGUUGCACAGAAGAGCGACUUAACGGACCAAGAACGAGAAGGUGAUCGUGACGGGGUUUCAGAGCUAGACGAUUUCGCACCGGAGCCUGAGAAAGAAACGAUCGUGGACAAAUGCCGGCGCUACUGCAACACAGCGUGGGUUUUCAUCUCCAGUUUCCUUGUAACGGCGACGCGGCAUCUCAUGCGGUACUCUAGGGACUACCGCUACGUCUCACGAGCUCUGUCCAUGGAGAAAAGGAUACUCAAGGAAAAAGAAGGCUUUGGCAUCGGACUUCGAGAGGGAUCGCAAAUGAUCUGGGAACCCCUUCCGGAGACCCUGGCGCAUCCUGUGCACUUGGAACCGGAAACUUAUGAUAACAAUCUACUCGCCCCGGAUGUGGAAAUGGGCCGUAAGUUAAGCGAUAUAAGCGUGCCGGAGAUCCGUAUCCUGGCGCCGAGCAUGGAGCGCGGGCUGGACGCGACGCCGCCGUCGCGGUGCGCGUCGCCGCCGCUCUCCGACACCGACUCCGAUGACGACGAUACGUCGGAACACGAGAGCGCGUUUAGCUUGCAGAGUACAGAGAGCAAGGACCUGACGAUACUGGAAGAACAAGAGGACUCGAUGUUCAAGCAGGGCCGGUCGCCGUUCCUGCAUCUCGCGUACGCGCUAUGGUUCGCCGUCUUGGCGCACACCGACAUUGUCUGCUACAUCAUGGUAUUCAUAAACCAGAUUCAGUCAGCGACAAUUUUAUCGAUACCUUUGCCGUUGAUGGUGUUUCUGUGGGGCACCCUCACCAUACCUCGACCGACCAAGACAUUUUGGGUUACUCUCAUUGCAUAUACGGAGGUAAUCGUCCUCAUCAAGAGCAUGUUCCAAUUCGAAAUCUUACCGUGGAACCAGAAGGUUUACCCCGCAAAUAUGCCGUUCACUGCCCCGCGCAUCAUCGGCAUUGAACGCAAGGGCAACUACGCUCUCUACGACUUGCUGUUGCUGCUCAUUAUAUUUUUACACAGGUUCAUGUUGAAAUCCCUUGGUCUCUGGAAGGAAUCCAGCCCUGAAAUCGAUCUCCGCGAGGACACGGAGUACCCGCUCACGUCCGAAGACACGCAGAUGAUCGUAGAAGGCAAGUCGGAAGACGUCGGCAAGAAAUACGUGCAGUUGCACGAUCGAUCCGGCCCGCUGGACGAGGCAGCGGACGGACAGAGCCAGAGGACAGGCUCCAGGAACGACCCCAACGACGAUCAGGAAAGGGAGCAAAUAUACCAGGAGCAGGAGGCCGGGCCGUCCAGGCCGCCCGAGGACGGCGACGACCAUUACAAAGUAAAUGACGAUGAGGAGCCAAUCAUCGCCGUGACCACGACGCUAGGCGAUAAAUAUCAUCAUUAUCCUAAACUCAUGUUGCUGUCAGUGAAGCGCUACAUGCGGCCGAUGAAGAGCUUCUUCCAGCGCAUGCUGGCGCCGGGCGCGCGCGUGACAGCCGACGUGUACGCCUACAUGUUCCUGUGCGACUUCUUCAACUUCCUCGUCGUCAUCUUUGGCUUCGCUGCCUUCGGGACCCACCAAGGCGAUGGCGGUGUAAAAGCGUACCUAGAAGAGAACAAAGUCCCGAUCCCGUUCCUCGUGAUGUUGAUCCUCCAAUUCGCUCUCAUAGUCAUCGACCGCGCGCUGUAUCUGCGCAAGUUCAUGUUGGGCAAGAUACUGUUCCAGUAUGGGCUCAUUAUCGGCGUGCACGUGUGGAUGUUCUUUGUACUACCCUUUAUUACUGAAAGAACAUUCAACGCGUUGCUGCCGCCUCCAAUGUGGUAUAUGAUAAAGUGCGUGUACCUGCUGCUGUCCGCGCAUCAGAUCCGCUGCGGGUACCCGCGCCGCAUCAUCGGCAACUUCCUUUGCAAGUCGUACGGUUUCCUCAACAUGGUCUUCUUUAAGUGUUUCAUGGCUGUGCCGUUUGUAUUCGAGUUGCGGACUUUAAUGGACUGGAUCUGGACGGACACAUCCAUGACUCUCAUGGACUGGUUGAAAAUGGAAGAUAUAUUCGCCAGCGUUUUCUUACUAAAGUGCUCCCGCUUCGUGGAGGACGAGUACCCGGCGCCGCGCGGCACCAAGCGGCCCGCCGCCUCCAAGUACCUGCUCGGCGGCACCGUGCUCGCCUUCGUCAUUGCCAUCAUCUGGUUCCCCCUGGUCUUCUUCGCUUUCGGCAAUACGGUGGGACAACCCAACCCUCCAACGGACGUGACGGUCAAAAUACGAAUCGGCCCGUUCCUGCCCGCGUACCAGAUGUCAGCACAAUCACAUGACAUUUAUCAGUACACGGAGCAGGACUACAACCAGCUAAGCAACCAGUACGCCCGCGACCGGACCGCGCAAACGUUCCUCUCCAACUACAUGUACAACGACGUGGCGGUCAUCAACCUCAACCCCAACUCAACCAUGAACUGGGACAUCUCGCAGCCCGAGCUCGACCGAUUAGAGCGCGAGGCCAUCUCUAACAAUUCGCUUUUGAUCAAGUUCACGUUUACAAUAUCGCACCCGAGCAACAACGCGCAGAACCCUCCAACUAUAGAGGACAGCCGGGAGAUGCCGUUAGACGCGUUCUACGCCAACGGCACUAGGAACAAGGAGAGAGACACGCUACUACACCUAUUGCAGAACAAUGCUUCUGCUGACACUUGGUUGAACGUUCCAAAACUAUUUCCCAAGUUCUUGAAAGUGUUUAACAAAGGAACAGCGAAACCGGCUUAUCAGCUGAUACCUGGAGACCCAGAGGACGAAUCGACUCAGUAUCGCGACGUGCAGCUGAGACUGGAAAUGGAUAGGGGCACCAUGUAUUGGCGAGUACAAGAAUUUUGUAAAGAAAAGGACGAGCUGCUGAACGUACCAAUGAACAGUUGUGACAUGCUGGUCAUGUUCACGUUCAACGACAAGCUGUUUCCGGAGACGCUCAACUUUAUUUCUGGCGGAGGGAUCAUCGGUCUGUACACAACGUUCGUGUUCCUGGCGUCGCGGCUGCUGCGCGGCUUCUUCUCCGGCAUCUACACCAAGAUCAUGUUCGACGACCUGCCCAACGCCGACAGGGUGCUGCAGCUCUGUCUGGACAUCUACUUGGUCCGAGAAGCCUUAGAACUCGCGCUAGAAGAGGACCUGUUCGCCAAACUAGUGUUCCUGUACCGGUCGCCGGAGACCAUGAUCAAGUGGAGCCGGCCCAAGGACGAGGACGCGGACGAGCAGCGCGCGCUGCCGCCGCUCCCGAGGAACUGAACACUGAACGUGAAGUGUGAGCGCACUGCUGCCCCCUGCCCCCGGCACGGGUAACUGACCGUUCCUUCUUUAUCCUUAUUGCAAUGGCAUAAGAUCCAAAGCUAGUACUAAUUGUCAAAUGUUAUCAACGUAAAAAUUCUGUGAAUCUCAAUGUUAAAAGUGAUUCCCUUCUGUCUGAAAGUUGUACGUCUUGCCACAGUAAUAUACUAGCUAGUCAGCGGCAGCAGUUUCUAAGCGGGCGAGGUGUUCAAAAUUAUCUCGACACGCUCUUUACAUAUUGUCUUAACAUUAAAGUCGCGUCAAGAUAAUUUGGUCAGUCGCGACAACACCUGGCCCGCUUAGCAACUUUUGCUGCUGACUGUAUCAGAUUAAAAGGCAGCUCAAUGACUCAGCUAAUUUUUUACAUAUUACUAGCUUUUUUAUAAAGGCGAGACACAUCGUGAGAAAACCUUAGAUUUGCAAGGAAAUUAAUGAUUAGAAAGUAAAGCCUGUGUCCAGCAGUGGGUCGUAGGCAGUAGGCUAACGUUGAAGAUUUAGUACCUAAUGGUCAAUUCGUGUCUCCUAAUUUGUUCUAGUCGUCCUUAUAACAACUAUGAAAAUCAAUAAAUUCACUUGACCUUUAAACUAUUACGUCCACACUUUAUUAUGAACGAUAUUUUUAAACUUACUAUACGCUUAAAAGUUUCCAUAAUUUUAAUUUUACAUGUCAAUGCAGUAAUUUACAUGUGUAUUAGACACAUAAGUUGUACAGCGUAACUUAUAUAAGAGUAACUGCUGUACUUCAAUGAGUGCGUAGAUGAAACUCGAACUAUUUAAUGUCUACCUACUAUGUAUGUAAAUUCACUCUAAAUACUUAGGUCGCUUUAGUUGUUGCACCCAUAAAGGUAACACAAUCUUGUUGUGGUGGUCGUUGGUUCGCGAUAGUCACUUGAUUACUAUCAAAAGAACCUAGGUAUAUUUUUGGUUUUUAAAUAAUCUCUCUUCUACAUUAUUUUUACAAGGAUUAUGUAAAAUACACAUAAAAUACUUACAUAAAUUAUUCUCAUAUUUAUACUUAGAACCUUACCUACCGCAAGAAUAAGCUCUCUGUAAAUUGCUAGUGUUUCCUUUGGCAUUAAAAAGUUGGCGUUAAUUGUAAAUUUUGUUAUUAUUAUCUUUCGCUUCUUUUGUUAUAAAUAUUGCUCACUUUUUUUAUUUAUUUAUCGUACCCGUUGUGCCACGACGGAUGGACGAUCUACGGUAUUACAGCCUAAUUGCGAGAAUUUCAAACUCCUGUUGAGGAUGUUUUUUUUUUGGCAUGGAAACUGGUACUUAAGAUACCGAUUGCAAUGAGUCCGUUUGGUUUCGCAAUUAUGCUGUUGGACUGGCAUAGUUAGUAACUGUACAAUAAGAGCAAACUACGUAUAUUUGUUAUAUUCCUAACCAAAGUAAGGGCUACCUGGAGGUAUUUCUGCUUAGCCUGUGAAAUAUAUUCUGUUAAUUCUAAACAUAUUUGUAUUUUUGUUACUUGUUUCGUAUCUUAGUAUCGAUAAAUUAUGAUGAUAAAAAUCACGCACUUCCAUCAAAUAAUAUUAAUAUAUACAAAAUAUACCUCAAGAUCUUAAUUUGAUUAUUGCAUUUGAUACUGUACUUAUAGAGUGAAAUUAUUAUAAAUACCUUCACGUAGAGAUAUUUAAGCUUGGAUCCCGUAUGUCUUAUACCAUCACAAUACUACAAUUAUUUGUAUAACGGUAUGAAUGAAUCAUAUCCUAACUAUUGCAAUUGUAUUCAAACUAACUUUUGAGCUUUAAGUUCCAAGUUCCAAAUGGCUCCACGCGACGGUAGUUAUUUAGAAAUUCUAGGAGUAUUGUCCACUUUUAUAUUGUUGUGUUAAGUAAGAUGCAUUUAAAUGUUGUCGAUUUGUGAUAAUAAAACUAGAAUAAAAC